AUGAGUGGUGGAUUAGAGGAAGGCCGAUAUGGCACACCGAUUUCCUAUAAUACCCAACAUGGCUUCAAUCCAGCAGGAGUCUCUGAAAUGCCUUCUGCUUAUAAUGCACAAAGCGACUAUUAUUCUGGACAAUACAAUCGGGCCCCAGAAAUGUCGUAUGCUUAUGGUGCCAAUGGCGGAAAUGCUCUAUACCCAGAUCCGAAUCCGCCCAUGCACACAAUGCCACCUCCACAAUUCCAAGACAAGCCACCACCAGUAGCGCCUGUCCACUACGGUGCCACUGGAGCCGGGGCAGGAGCUGGAGCCGGGGCGGCUAUGGGGAUGGGAGUAGCGCCCCCGGAAAAGAGAAUAUGUGGAAUACGACGCAAAAUAUUUUUUAUUAUACUCGCUGUCGUAAUAGUGCUUAUUAUUGCAGGACUCGCCGCGGGACUCGCAAUUGCUUUAACUCGGAAAAAUAAUGACAGUUCAAGAGAUCGUCAGGCAGAUGGUGCGGGGGCUGGAACAGUUAGUUCAUCUUCAGUGGUCUCAACGACAACAUCAGGAAAUGGGCCCGCAACUACCUCUGAGGACAAUACUCCUUUUAUCCCUUCAAUUGGACCUACGGAAACCUCUGACUCCAUUACUUCAGAAUCGUCGACUGCAGAACCGACUACUACUGAGGCUGAGGAAACUACUACAACGGACGAGGCCAGCACUGAGGGACCAACAACCACACCUGAGCCUACGACUGAAGAGAUUACCACUGAGGAGCCGACGACUACACCUGAACCUACAAUCGUAGAGGAAACGACUUCUGAGGAUCCUUUCACAACUCCAGAGGAGACUAUUACACCUAGAACGUCGCCUGAACCAUCCCCAACACCACCGUCGGACGGCCUUAUAACACCAACAUUCCCCCCAGAAACUACUCCGAGACAAACCACCCCUAGAGAGCCGUCCACUCCAACUAUUAGUGCAUUUGCCCUUGAGACCGGUUACAAUACUUUAGACCUUGUCGUAACUUCUACUACGGGCAACAGCGACCUCUGCUCUUUGCUUAUUGCAGCCAUUCCUGCCACUACGACUAUCUAUCCAUCCAUAGUUGGUGAUGCAGAGGAUCUAUAUACUGCAUAUUGGCAACUCGACAAUUUCCCCGGAACACUCACGGCGACAGGCACACCACCUAAUCUAACAGCAGAUUUUCAGAUUUGGAGUUUUGAGGUCCCAAUCAGUAAUAGCAACAAUGGAUGUGUACAAGAAGGAGGUGAUAGCAUGAUUCUUGAGGAGAGCGGAGUUGCAAUUUAUUCUUCUGGGUUUGCGUUCGGCUCGCAGUGUAAUGUUGGUGGACUAGAUUUUACGGUUGGCGACUUUUGCUAUGUUUAUUGGGCUGGUACUUACUCCUCUUGA